AUGACGGGGGAGCCCAUCAUGUUGACCAUGGAGCAGAAACAGGAGCGCUCCUCAGAGCUGCAGACACUACUGCCCAUAUUCGAUGCGGUGGAGAAAUGUAUACCGUAUCUCAAGACGAUACUCAAGACCACACCACGGCCGAAUCCCUUAUAUAAAAGCGCCAUCACUCCGUUCGGUCGGCUGCGGCUGUCAGCCCUUGAGCUGCUGUACAGGCUGGUGUGCUCGCGUGUGCCCGCUAUAGAUGCGGCGAUUGCGAAAGAGGAUAUCCUGAGCGUGUGCAUGGAUCUGUUCUUCAGGUAUAGCAACAACACAUUCCUGCAUGUUACGGUGACCAAGAUAGUCUACGAAAUACUUCGGUUGAAGGAGCCGCGCACAAAGCCCGUGGCUUCAGUUGACCACAGAGAAGUAUAUGAAAGCGAGUACAGGCCAGUGCCUGAACUAACCCCUGCGGAUGUCAAGGUAGGUGCAACCGACACCUGUGCUGAGGGCAAAGAGGUCGAUGACGCGGUGGCCCAGGAGGCGACCGUAGCGCUGUACCGAAGCCUGUUCAACGAGUGUGGCAUCUGCAAUCGAUUAUUAAAAGCCGUCGAUGAGUCUGCUAAGAGGAAAGACGGUCAUCGUAGGCCCACAUACAUGUCACACGUGUACCAACUGGCCAAUAUGAUCGAGCGGUCUCUGCGGGGCGAAACACACGCACUCACAACCAAAGAGAGUAUCCUCCGCAAAAUACGUACAGGUGAACCGAAGAAGGACACGGAGGAAGCCCAAGCACCCGACAACACCAACAACGCCAGCACGGGGGUGUUUGUACCCAAGGAGUGGGUAAGGUUUGUGGGAGACGAGCUGAUGGUAGACAAUGCGUCUCUGGCGCUGCCGUUGGGUGGGAAAAGGCCGACAGACCCACUCAGCCACUUUGGAGACAGCGAUGAGGAUAUGAACGCUAUGGAAGACGACGCGGCACAGUUGGGGCUGCAUCGUAUCUUAGCGCAGCAACUGGCGGAAGAACCCGAAGACUUUGACAGCAAUAUAAACUUCGACGAUGAGAAUAACGCGGUCUUAAACAGGCUCGAAGCCGUUGCCGCAGCCACCAAAUCACAAAACGAGAAUCACAAUUCAGCCGAAAGCGAGUUCACCAGUGACUACUUCUCCUCUGCCCUGCAAUCCGCCUUCGAUGACCCAGUCGAUGAGGGUUUGUCUAGUGGGUCUAAUCGCAGUUCGGUGGAUGAGAAUGCGGAUCCGUGGAAAGAUGCCUUUGACAUGCUCAAGGACGAAGUGCACAAGGCUGCCAACGGAGACAAUGAUGAUCCGAUGGGCGAAGGGAACGAGGCAGUCACAGAUGAGUGGGACGCCUUCGAAGCCGCUGCUCCUCCCAAUGCGACCAAGGACGAUGUAGGUGGUGUGUUUAAAGCAGCAACUGCUAAUGAAAACGAUGACAUGUGGGGAGCAUUCGAGACCGCGGACGACGACAAAAGUGAUAAGCCAGGCACAGCCAAUAGACAGCUGGAUACAACGGUGACUGGUUCCGGUGAUGACGAAGACGGAUGGGCCGAUUUCAAAGGUGCAAGUAGUUGAAAGGUAUUCCAUCCAAAACACUAAGGCUAUUUUUGAUAUUGUAUAUAGAUGCAAAGAUAUUAUAUGAUACUGCGGUAUCUAAAAUAAAUCAGGCCGUGAAAUUCAAAAGUAUUUCGGAUUCCUCGCUGUCUUCAC